AUGUCAGGGGCCACAGUGUCCGACAGCUUUAACGAAUGCAUCCAAUUUUUCUACAUGAAUACACCGCCCAAUGGCAUCCGAGGGGACAACUUAAAAAAGAUAUGCCAGUGUUAUGCCGAUAAGCCUCGUUAUGCUACACUGUAUAACAGCAGUCAGCGUUUGGCUUUGUAUUCAGCUUAUACGUUUAAGAAAUCAGAUGGGCAGAGGAGGGCAGACACACCAUGGAUGUACGAACCACAGCUGGUCUCACAGGAGGAGAGCAGAAACAUGCACAUUCUAACCCUCAAAGAUGAGACUGAGCCUCAGAUCGAGAAAAGCCAGGCUUUGUUGGAUGACUACGUUGAUGCUGUGGAGUAUGCACGUGGACAGCUGAACCCAGACCAGCACCAAGCUAAUAAUCAGGACAAAGCUUCUACUUAUGCCCUCACUAAUGUGGUGCCUCAGAUCACUGACUUUACUGAAGGCUCGUGGGCAGACUAUACGGAAAGAGUGAGACGACGGCUUAACAACUUCUGCAGAGGGGUGGCAUACGUGGUAACAGGGGUGGCCAUUUCUGGACUAACUAUUCGAAGAGGUGGCAGAGACCGCAUUGCUAUACCUAAGUAUCUGUGGUCAGCUUACUGCUGCCCUCACUAUGAUCGAAACUCACCUUAUGAAGUCAGGUACAUGUUUCCUUCCUAUGCAGCCUAUGGUCUUAAUGAGAUAGUAGGCCAUACUGUUGUGGAGGUACCGUUAAAGGCACUAGAACAUUUUCUGCAGAACCAAACAGAAAUGGACAAAAAUUUUAGCAUAUUCCUUAAUGGUUGUGUUUCAGAAAACAAGUUUAAAAAGAGGAAAAGGAAGAGGAAAUAG